AUGGAUGAACAUACGACUGAAGUGGAAGGGGACAUGUACGGGCCGCUUAUUUUACGACAUCAGAGAGAGCGUCCUUUACCACAUCUGUCCAUCCCAUCACCACCGCCUUGUUGCUACUCUUCUUUGUCAUUAUUUUCCUUCCACGGGCUUAAAUACGACGAAGGGUCGAGCCUCACAUCGGCAUUGGAAUUUUUCGGGGAAAUACUGAACGCGUUGCAACAGAAUAAGAAACGACUCUAUUCCGGUAAGGAACAUAAAAUACAAGGUAAAAAGAGGAAGAAGAAAUCCGAUCGCAAUCGGUUUCCCCGGAAAUUAACACGCCGGUAUAUUUACAACGAGCAUCCGUGUGGAUGGACAUUGGCAGAGGAUUCGAACCUAACUCUUAUUAAUAAGAGUUACCCAUGCAUUAAACCCACUAGGAUAUCGUACUACGAUGCAACGGCCACCAUUUCACGCCCUUUGGCAGUUCAGUCAAACCACGGCCUCCCCGCCCACCUCAAGUUCGCAGCAUACAUGGAUAGCUUGUUAACCUUCACACGCAUCUUCAACACCCCGCACCCCGACCCCAAAAUUCCGAUACGGUUGAAAUCUUACAACUCUUCAUCCUCACGAACCCCCCCUUCCCACCCAACCAAGUCCGGCGUCCUUCCAAACCGCGCCGCGCCAACAGCCGCUCCAGCGUCCCCUCCUCAAACCCAAAAUUACCAUCCAUCCUCAGUUUCGCGCCGGGUGAGCGCCUGGAUGAGGGUAUCCGUGACGAUUGGGAACCGGUAG